GAUCAGGAAGAUGGAACCGGUGGUCUAUUUUGGGCUCUGCCUCCUGGGCUGCCUGGCCUUCAGCCCCUUCGCGGAAGGGGCCAGGGAUCCGUCGUUGCCUCGCCCUCGGUCCCCAUGCCCUCCUGGAGCCUUUUACUACCAGGGAAUGUGUUAUGAAUACCUCGAGGAUGCUGCCAGUUGGGAAGACGCUGAGAAUUCCUGCCAGUACUGGCGAGGGGGUCACUUGGCUUCCAUUCAGUCAUCAGAAGAUGAAAAAGAGAUUUCUAAUUACAUUAGGAAAAUCACCCGCAAUAACACGGUCUGGAUUGGUUUCCAUGCUGAACGUGUCUCCUCGAAGCUCAAGUGGGGAUGGAGUGAUGGCUUUGCAUACUUUUCUGGAUCAGCUCUUUGGGACGGCAGGAGACCCAGCUUCACCAGCACAUCCAACCAGUGCCUGGCACUCCACAAUGUGCAGGAUUCAACGGCUUCUGCCAGGUGGGCACAGGAAAAUUGCUCCAACAUAUAUCCAUACCUGUGCAAGUACCGAGCAGCAUACUAGGCCUGUGGUGGACCUUCAGCAACAAAUGGAGCGUGAAGAGAGGACAUCCCUUGAGAUCCAGCGGAAGAAGGUUACAUCUAGCAAGGCACCACAUUCCCCAAAUGUUCUAUCAUCAAAGAAAGACCUGGGGCUUUUCCCGUUCCUGGGGUCUCUUUCAAAUCCCACUUGCUUUGUUAUUUUCUUCCCAUUUACUGCCCAAUGCCUGUACCUUUCCCUUCUUUUGAUUCCUCCCAUUCUGUAAUCCCAGUUUUCUCCAUGAAUCCUGCUCAAAGAAGGUGAAUCCCAACCUGCCUUUCCUUCCAUGGCGAAAAGCGUGCCUCUUCAGAGCCACCUCCUUGCUUGGGCAUUGAACAAACCUUGGGGCUCAGAAUGAACUUCUUCUCAUGAAGGACAUCCUCCUUGGCUCAGUCUGUAGUUUUCCAUGUGGGACAUGAAGAUGGGAAGAAAGUAAGAAGUUAUGAAAGCCAACGAAGCACAUGGGUGGGGUGGCCUCUGUCAGGCUUUUGUCUUCUCUGCUGUUUCUCUUCCCCUGAGACAAUAAUAAAUUCUUUUCUGAGCAUAAA